CUCUCUAAAGCUGGUCUUUAAAACUCUAUAUAUACAAACCCUUCACUAGAUACAUAUACAUAUAAACAUGAAGUUUGCAUUCUACAUUACUCUUUUUUCAUUGAUCUCUAUCGCUCAGGCAGCAUUUUCUUCUGGCAAGAAAGAGAUUACCAGACACCAUUCAAGCAAGAAUGAUCGAGCCAAGCAUUCUCUUGCUACCAAACGAUCACUCAAGAGCUGCUAUUCUAAAGCCGCUUUAACAAUGUACUGGAUACCUAAAGAAGGCGAAAAGGAUAUGCUGAACGAUGGCAAGGUUGUCACUUUGAAUGGCAGUAAAACAAAGGCACUCAAGACAAGCUCUGGUUCUACCAUUGCCAAAGUUUCCAAAACAACUUUUGAGAAAUUUCAAAUGGAAGGCACUGGUUUGCUCAAGAAUGGCAUCAUGGUCAAUUUGGAUUCAGGCAAAGAUGAAUUUAUGAAAGUCAAUCGUAAAGAAAGUCCUUAUGGCCUUGGUAAUGAUGAAGACAACCAUUUAGUACCCUGGGUGAGUGUUGCAUCCAAUGAUCUUAAGAAAGGCACAAAACUGUAUAUAAAAGAACUGGAUGGUCUCAAAUUACCUGAUGGCAAGACACACAAUGGCUGUGUACGAGUCGAUGAUGAAGGGUGGAGUUUUGGUGGUUGUCAAUUGGACUUUUUUGUGCUUCAAUUCAGUGCUUAUCAAAAGUUGGAAGAUAUGAUUUCCGACAAGGUGACUGUCAAGGAAAAGAAAGAUUGUAAAAUCUUGGAUUACGUUACUUCUUCUGUUAAAAAGUGGGCAGUGAUUUAAAUAAAUAACAAACAAAGAACAAACAAAUAACAAACA